AUGUUCUGCCUUGAAGGCCAACUGGAGGACCCUCUGAGAUCAGGCUGGCAGCUUGUAUUUGUCGACCGGGAGAAUGAUGUUCUUCUCCUUGGUGAUGACCCCUGGCCGGAGUUUGUAAAUAGCGUCUGGUGUAUCAAAAUACUCUCACCGCAAGAGGUUCACAAAUCAGGGUCCUUUGGAAGGUCAUUAGAUAUCACCAAAUUCAGCAGCUACAAUGAGCUACGCAGUGAGCUUGCUCAAAUGUUCUGCCUUGAAGGCCAACUGGAGGACCCUCUGAGAUCAGGCUGGCAGCUUGUAUUUGUCGACCGGGAGAAUGAUGUUCUUCUCCUUGGUGAUGACCCCUGGCCGUGA